UAUUUACUGGAUGUGGCAAGCAGAGAAAGGAGCUUUCAGCGGGGCUGCCUGCUGCCGGGCUCAAGUGGUAGGAGAGCUCCUUAGCCCACAGCGUUUCUGACCACCCAGUUGGCAACGACCAGCAGGCCAUGAGGACUGGUCAAAGACAGUGAGAGGACGCGAAAGGGUAAAUCCCUGUGCCCCGCAGUCUAACCUCCUGCCCUGCCGUCCCUGCAAACCAGCCAGAGGGGUAACCGUAAGCGGGGGCCUGUAUGGCCGCUUUACUGAUGCCACGCAGGAACAAAGGGAUGAGGACACGACUGGGAUGCCUCUCUCACAAGUCAGACUCCUGUAGUGAUUUCACGGCGAUUCUUCCUGACAAACCCAACCGGGCUCUAAAGAGGCUCUCCACAGAAGAAGCUACGAGGUGGGCAGACUCCUUUGAUGUGCUUCUUUCCCAUAAGUAUGGGGUGGCUGCAUUCCGAGCCUUCUUGAAGACGGAGUUCAGUGAGGAGAACCUGGAAUUCUGGUUGGCCUGUGAGGAGUUUAAGAAGACCAGGUCAACUGCGAAACUGGUCUCCAAGGCCCAUAGAAUCUUCGAGGAGUUUGUGGAUGUGCAGGCUCCGAGGGAGGUAAACAUAGACUUCCAGACCCGAGAAGCCACGAGGAAGAACAUGCAAGAACCAUCCCUGACUUGCUUUGACCAAGCCCAGGGAAAAGUACACAGCCUCAUGGAGAAAGACUCUUAUCCCCGGUUCUUGAGGUCCAAAAUGUACUUAGAUCUGCUGUCCCAAAGCCAGAGGCGGCUCAGUUAGACCUCAGAUGGAGACUCUUGGAGAUCAUCGGCUUUUCCCUAUCCCUUGCUGCCAAGACCAUAUUCUAAUGUGAAAUGUCUUAAGUGUUCAAAAGCAAAGGCGUUUAGGUUGGGAGGCUGGGAGUGAGGAAGGGGUGAGGGGCCGUUCCAAAGUACGAUCCUGCACCAGAGCUUGGACCCUGUUCCACGUACCCAUGUUUGUGUAUAGUUAGUGGUAGCGCCUUGCUACUGUCUACCAUCUCUGGGUCAGCCACUUGUCCUCCAUGAAUGCCUUGGGUCGUCUCCACUGAGAAGGCAGAUUUGCUAUGCUGGGCCAAUUUGUAAAUAAUGCAAACGCAAUUCCACCAUUCCCAUACCUUCCUCAGUAGGAAUGGUCCUAUAUCCUUAUGAGGAGCAGUUAGAAGAUCCUGGCUCACAUUUGUGAUUUACUGUCAUAAUAUAACGGCCAGUCCUAGGUGCUGGGCCCUACUGUUUAACAGAGAGGUCUCUGUGGAACCCUAGGUUUCCAGCACUGUUAUUGACAGGGGGCCUUGGGGUGGGGGCCAGCUCCAUGGAGUUGACUGUUUCUUUCAUUUCUACCGAUCCAGUGUGAAAAGCUGUGACCACUGCCCUUCUUAGCCUAAGAAAUUCAUGAGACUCCCCUACCCUUGCAAUUCUGGAAAGGGUCUUGGGCGAUGUCCCUCUUGACUUCUGAUAUGAAGCUGCUAUUAGGGAAAACACAGCUUGCAAAUCUUCCUCAAUUCUGCCAAGUUUUCCAAAAGCCGAAAGACCAGGAAUGUAGUGUCAGUAGAUUUUUGUGCAAUGGGGCUCCACAGAACCUUCUUGUUGCUUAAUAUAUCCUCUGCCCUUGCCACUCUAAUGCCAUGUAUCACUGAUUACUUAGAAUGAGCCAGCUUGGCAAAGGGAGGUAAGUCCCCCUAGACUGGACAGUUCCCACAGUGCCUACUACUUUCCCUGUCUCUGCCCAUCACCCCUACAUGCAGGUCAUGUAGGUGCGAUGGGGGAGAACAGGAGCCUAGGCUGUCACUCCUUCCAGCUUGCUUCCUGGGAGAUGCUUUCUUAGAAAGGUUCCUCUAAGGAGGGCUACCUAUUAAGCAGCUUCUUUCUUGAACUUUGGCCUUUUGGGAUUGAACAUGCAACAGAAGGUGAGGCUAAGAAGAGCGCUAUGUAUAUCUGGAUGUGGAGAACCUUCCUGAGACGCUUCCAGGGGACACUGGGACUGCUCUUGGAAAUAUGUUGGAAAACUCCUUUGGAGGCUGAGUGAGACACAUGGAACCUACUUUAGCUGCCCAGGGAAGGAGCUGUCUUUGGACCAAAAUUGCAAAGCCAAGGAGAUGGAUCCUUGGCAAGAAGACUGAAAGUGGAAGGGGCAGCCUGGGAGAGGCUACUCUCCAGAUGAAGUGAAAUCAAGAGAGCAUGAUGGCAGCACCAAGGGUAAUUCCCAACUCAUCCAUGGACUUGGAUUUGCUGUAGGUCUCCAGCACCUCCAGCUUAACUAAAUGAAACAGCACCUGAUUAGCCAUAAGCACUAGAGUGCAGGGGAUGGAGACCCAGCUGAAGCACUGUCCUCUCGGGGGCUGGGGGUGGCUGGGCCUCUUUAGAUGUGGUAGGCCCCAGUGUUUGUGUUCUCGUCCAAUAAUGUCGAGAGUCUCUUCCUUCCUUAGCUAUGGCUAGGUAAGGUCAAGAAGGCUCUCAAUCCCAGUGGCUUUAGGAUGUACUGUUCUGCGUGUUGCAUCUAUGAGGGAGGGUUGGCGUGUCAUUAUGAACCAUCAGGAGAGAAAAAACACAUGCCUUUUAGUCCUCCCUUUGAAGAGAGCUGCAAAAUUUCAUGUUCAAGAACUCUGUAGCCUCAAGUGGGUAUUUCUGGUUAGAUCGGGUAGUAUUUUCCUGCCCCCACUGUCAAAAAACCAUUCUUAGCUAAAGCUGCCAGAAUUCAUUUAAUGAUCAAAUUCUCAAACAGGGUAUUUUAAACAUUGUUUACAUGAGAAAUGUGAAUGUGCUGCCAACUCUUUUGAAUAUAAAAUGCAUAAAAAUUGGAACAGCACAGUUACAAAAAUAGGGAAUGUUCUAGAGGGGCCUUUUUGUCACUUCCACUGUCCCCAGGAGAAGAGUCUGAACAAGGGUGUUGUGUGGUAGCCUCAUCUGGGACCUAGAGUUUUUGCCAACAAGUGGUGGAAUGAAGGCCGCAGACGGCAGUAGCACAAUGUCUGGCGACUUCCUCCCACCACGGGGAACGUGAAGGUCAAGCUGAGUAUCCUGAAUGUUGCCACUAAGUGAAGGUACGUGGGCAAGUAUCCGUGCGUAGAGGAGUGUGAUAGCUAUAUUUGCGGUACUCCUGUGGAGUGUGUGUGUGUGUGUGUGUGUGUGUGUGUGUUAACCGUGAGCAUUCCACUAGCACACCGCAGACGGUCUUCCCUUGGGGUGGGGCUCUCCUCACACCCUUGAUGUCCUGCUUCCCACAAAGGCACAGAGCUCUCUGCUCUGAGGCCGACUUUGGCACUUUGGCUGUGCCAACCCAGAUUGUGGUCUGUGAUGAAACAAAGAGAAAUGUUUACAACAUCUAGAGCAAUAGCCAAACAUACCUCAUCCCUGACCUCCGUGGCUCCCAGUCCUGCCCUCCCUCCUGCUUCUUCUUCCACGAGCCCUCAUGCGCCUCUCCUAUGCUGUCCUGUCUUCCUUUGCUCCUAAUGCUGGGUUUGUGUGGUAAGCUGCCUUCUGGGCUUUGGUCCUGGGCCCUGGAAAGGCUCAAGGCAAGUCAGAGCAGUGGCUUCUGAGGGACUGAGCUAUGACCUUUAUAUUUGCUCUCCAUUCCUGAGUGACCUUUCACCCCCACCUGAGUGUUAAUGUGUUUGGGCUGGUCUGAGAUUUCCUGUUGCCCUCUGCAAACCAAAUAAGACACAGUCGAUAACAACCGUUCCUAGCCCCAGGUAGCUGCUGGGGUAAGGAAGGUCCUGUGAGUAGUGAUGGCCACUAAAUGUUGGCAUGAACAGGGCCUACUCAGAAAUUCUCUCGCAAGUGCUGACUCCCAGAUCCUCAUUAGACUCUCUGGUCCAACCAACCUAGGGUGGGGCCCAGAAAAAUGCAUUUUCGAGAAGCCUCUAUGUGGGUAGUGGCCUUCGGAUAAUUUUUUGCCAAAGGUUCUCUCUGAGAUUGGCUCACAUCCUUGGCUGCUUCUUGGAGUCAACCCUGGAGUGAGUGAGUUUUAAAAACCAGUUUUGUGUCUCCCCCAGAACCUCUAGGGGUAGGGCCCCAGGCAACAGGAGGCGUCAAGCUCUACAAGUGCGGGUGAAGUUAGGAAGCACUGAUCCCACAAGCAAGGAGGAACAACUGGGCUGGAAACACAGAGGGGCCAGAGCAGCCCAGGGCAGACAAGCACAAUAAUCAGGAAGUGCCCACUCUGGAGUCUGCCUCUGUGGGCUGCCUCUGCUCUGACUUGCUACUAUUUUGCCCCAGCUACUGCAUGUAUGGCCGUGAAAACACCAACACCAGGUACUUGAUGGAGGCAUGUUUGGCCAGGCCUGGCUGCCUUGUUCGCACUUCCUCCAAGCUUCCCCCCUGGGUUACUCCCCCUGCUUGUCUUUUUUCAUGCACUCUUGUGUUUGGUCAUUUUGGCGUGGGCUGUGCCUCUGUACCUAAGGCCAUGUGGUGGGAACUCAGGUAAGCAAGUAAGGGCAUAAUAAUUGUGGUAACGCACCUCAAGAUUCCCGCUGGUACAAGUAUCAAGCCCUUGGAGGCUUUCCCAAGACCAUGGGGUGGUAGUGGUGAUGGUAUGGGGGAGUUGUUUCCCGGUCUAUGCCCUUCCCCCAUUUCCUCUUCAAUCCCAGCCUGGAUGGGUAACCGGAAAGUUCCUGGUUGAGUUUAUUUUUUGGUGCUCUCCUCAGAACUCGCUGCUCUGAAUCAACCAAAGCUGUUAAGUGUGUUCUGCCCAGGCCUAAGCCCUGCCCUGGGUGUAGCCUUUGAGCAGUUCUCCUUGGCAGGGCCUGGUAUCUGGGCACCCCAGGCUCUGGACUGUGAGGGGAAGGCAUCAACCCCUUGUGAGUGCUGGGGGAGGGAGGUCAGGGAAGGCUGAAGGAGAAUGGCUGGGAGGGAAGGCCAGCAGUGAGUGUGGUGUCUGCUUCCCCAUGAACCAGGAGGAAAAGUUGAUGUGUGGCACAUUACAAGGCAGCUGGUCUCCCAUCAACAAGUGUGCCCGGACCUCUCCUGACCCUGCUUGUGCCCACUUCCAAGCUACACACAAGAAUUAUGAUUUUCCCGUCGGAGAUAGUCUUCCAGUCAGCCAACUUGUCAAUCUUUAAAUAUGCAUCCCUCUGGGUUAGAAGCAAGAGGAGACAGUCACCACUGGCAUUGAGAGCCUGUGCUGCUGUGCCACUCGGCAUGAAAUGGUGUAGGGAAAAGUCAAGAGCACAGAUGUCUUCCUGCCUCUCUCUGACUCUACAAGUUGCUGUGGCCCUAGAUGGACGAUGGCGGCACGGGACCCUGGGCUCCCAGGCUUGGCAUCCAGAUCCUCUCUCUAAGCUGAUCCCUUCUUGAUUCUUGUAUUCUUUGGACCCUUCUGUCCCUCCCCUCUGCCAGGCAUGGACAAGGUGGCUGGAUUGGGUGUGCACUCCAACCUCGGUAGCCUUAGUUGAGUCACGCGGCGUGCACAACAGAUUCGUAGCAACUCAUCUGCCAUAGACACAGCUUGGCUGAUGGAGUCCUCAUUGAGUUGUUUCAUUACUGUGUAAAGUGGAAUCAUGUCAUUCACCUUUACUAUAAGCAAGGCUGUGAGAACAUAAUAAACAACCUGAACACGCUGCCCUUCGCUCUCUGCCCACAUUUCUGGCCGGCUGACUCCAGAUGAGGAAACAUUUCACGUAACACAUGGACUCCUGGAGUGGAGGGGAGGGGAGGGGCACGUGGCCUCACCCAACAGUGGCUGGCACGGGGCUGACCGCCGGGAGGAGGGCAGCGUAGGUGGAAAGGGAAGGGCUUGGAAUGAGUGUGAGAGUAAAGAAUAACUCUGGGAGAUGAGAGCUUUGAAACUGUAAAGUGUUCUACAAACACAAGGUGGUGUUUUUAUUAGCACCACCUACUGCUUGAAAAUGCAGGGAGAGAAAAGACUGGGGAUGGUUUGUGUAUUUGUUCAGCCGGAGCAAUCUGAAAAUGGAACGAGCCGCUCUUGCUUAUGAUGGCACCUUGCUUUGUGCAACCGGUGUAUCCCUAAAAAGUACAUUACUCAUCCCAGCUUUGUGUGUCUCUGGUGGCAGGGUCCUGUGGAGGGGAGUGAAGGAGAACAAGGUGCAGCAUCUGCUCACAGAAGCUCGU